CAACACAGGAAGCAAAGAAAAAACCACACCGGCAAACUUCAUGAGUUGGCAUUGCUGCUACCCCUGGCCCCGAAGACCAGUAGCAAGAAGCUUACCAAGAAGGAGAUUCUGCAGCACAUCCUGCACUACAUUCUGUACCUCCAGAGAAACAUUGACGUGGCCAAGGCCUUGCUCCAAUUCCACACCGCCAAUGGGGAAGGUGGAGCUGGGGGGCUGGGCCGGAACUCCGCUGUGGGCUCACACAGCUGCCCACACUCCUCUCAGUCCUACCUUUGGGAAGCCUGUCGGAAACCUAGGAAGAAGAAGCUGACCCGAGCGUCAGGUGUCUGGGCCCAGAGCAAAGAAGACCUCCCACCUGAGCCAUCGUCUAGUGACAAGGCCCCAGCCCCAUCUGAUGCCAUCGCUCUGCUGUCCCAGACGCCAGACCCGCGCCCAGAACCCUUGUUGCUGUCUGGCCCUGUCAAGCCCAAGAAGCAGGUGACCCCACCCCCAGACCAGAAGGGAGGAAACGUGGAGGGGACCAGCACUCCUCCAAGAUGCUGUGACAGAAAUGGAGGAAGGUCCUGGCUGACAUUGCUGAAUGUGGCUAAGAACAGCAAAAACAAUGUCCAGGAUGAUGGGCUUUACCCUGACUUCGGGGCCCAGUACGGGGUCGAGAGGACCUAUUUUCUCUACAGAACACAGCCCUAUCCCAGGUACCAGCUGGUGCUCUACGAUUCCAGUGAGGAGAUGGACAAGGAGGCCCCAGACACUGACCCUUGGCUUCCUGCCUGGACCCCAGAGGGCAGCCCUCAUGGAAGCCCACUGGCCUUGGAGCCUCCCCACAUUGACAACUGGAGUGUGAUGGGCCAACCGAGCGAGAUCCUAGGUCUCAGUCCUUCCCUCUUCAGCUCCCCAGGGAAACUGCUGCCAGAACAGGUCUUGGAGGAUGGCAGCGAGUACCUGACCCAAGCUCUCUUUGAAGAAGUUUUCUUAGAUCCCGUGUCUUCACCUUCUGCCUGCGUGCUGGAAGUACCACCGAAGAAGGAGAGCAGUGAGUUGGGGCAUGAAGGGACACCAGUGUCUGCUCACAUCCCCUCCCAGGACACACCCCCUGAGGCCCCCGAAGACCUUUCUGACUCCCACAGCCCGUGCCUGUCCUCAGUGUCACUGGGCCACCUCUCGCUGAGUGAGGACAGCCAGGCAUCGUCCAUCCCCAGCUCUGAGGGCAUGGACACCGACAUGGACACAGAGCUGGUGUGGAGGCAGCAGGAGGCUCAGGCCAACCCUGAGGACCUGAAGUUCUCGAGCGAUGAGGAUGGAGACUACACAUGGACCCCCACCCGGCAGGAGAAGAGCAGGAGGGGCCAGGCAGACAGGGGCCCCAUGAUGCUCAAGAACAAGAAAGACUCCUGCCCCACUCAGCCGAAGAAAAAGUGUGUCAAUGGCUUCAUCAUGUUCUGUAGGAUGAACCGGAAGCAGUACAUCCGAGCCUGCCCGGGGACUGCGUCCACAACUGCCACCAAACAGCUGGCCCAGCUCUGGCGGGAGAUGACGGAGCAGGAGCGCAGACCAUACAGCAUCAAAGCUCGAAGGUUCAGCCGCCAGCACAAUCGGAUUGUGAAGCAGGAAAGCUCCAGCAGCGAGGACGAGGACUGGGGGAUCCCCAAGCCCUUCUACCAGCUGCUGGCGGACAGGGCCCGCUGUUCCUCACAGCCCGCCUCUCAGCUGCCUGCUGGCCACAGAUGA